AUGGAGGAGGCAUCGAUGCCGCUGAGGAGCAAGAAGAGAAUGAUGAAGCAAUUGCAAUGCAGCGAGAGAACAACGCAGUUGGUGGAGCUCCCAUUGGAUAUACUCCUGAACAUCCUUUCGAGGCUGCCCACAAGAUCACUGUUUUCUUUGCUUUGUGUCUCUAAGACCUUGCGCAGCUUAAUCGACUGCCCAUCUUUUGCUCACGAGCAUUCACAAUAUAUUGCUACCACCAAUUAUGAAGAUUUGGACCCGUCUCACGUUAUGGUUCUUACCAACUCCCAAUUAAUCACCUUGCGAGCUUUAAAUCCAUUGUCGCCCUUUAGCGAAUUUGCAUUCGACAUUUCCAACUCCCUUAGAAACGGAUUCAAUCUAAAGCUUGUUUCGUACGGCUUGCUUUUGUUUAACAAGAAAGAGUCAACAACAAAUGAUCAAGCCCUACUCCUCCUAGUCAAUCCUCUCAUGGGAGAAGUUCUAAACCUCCCACCACCACCAACCACCAUUUUCUAUGAAGCCCUGCCGCCACGCUGGAACUAUGAGUUGUAUGGUAUGGGAUACGAUGCCAUGACUAGCAGCCACAAGAUUGUUCGUCUUUCUAGACCCGGCCCAAAACACGACCUGGUGGCCCAAAUUUAUGAGCUGGGCACAGGCUCCUCAUCGUCAUGGAGACAAAUAUCCUCAGUUCCUCCACCUUCUUGUUGUCUAAGCAGCAAAAACUGUGUGUCUGCAUAUGGAAACAUGCACUGGCUAGUUAAUGGUUUCUCUUCUGAUCUUGAAUUCAGAAUACUUUCUUUUGACUUCAAAAGGGAAGAGUUCGAAUGGACUCCUCAUACCAACUUGCCAGACUUCGGUAAGCGUUCUGUUCUUCACCUGAUUAAUUUCAGAGGACGUCUCGCCAUUGUUGAUGUUACGGCAAUUUCAUCACCUAAAAACAGUCAUCACCAUGACCAAAUUGAGAUAUGGGUGAUGAAAAGUUACAAAAACUUCACGUGGGAAAAAAAGUACGCAGUAGAAAUCGAUCUUCAUCCUUGUUGCAUGAAAUCAUGGGAGACUCCUUUUCGUUUCCAUGGUGUUGGGCCUGGUUCUGUAGGUGCUUGGGAACAUGGCAUCUUUCUCAGAGAUAUUACUUCGACAAAAUCUAAAAAUAUGGUGGUUUUUUUGGAUGUGGAUAGUGGCGGCAUCAGAGCCGUACAAGUUGGAUCAUCUUCAAUGAGCGAUUGUGAUGAUCUUAUGCCCAUCAAUGUGUUCAGUUAUACCGGAGGCUAUAUUUCUCUAAGAAAAUAUGGUGAUUUGAUGGAAGCAGAGACAGGGGAGAGAAAUUUCUUCUCUGUGGGGAAGAUGAUGCAGAGGUCAAUGUUGACAAGGUAUUGUUUUGAAGUACGUGUGUAG